AUGGUUCAACUUAAUUUUUCUUGUUACCCAGCUCCCUGUGGGCCCAGCUCCCUGUGGUGGCCAGGCGGGCCCAGCUCCCUGUGGGCCCAGCUCCCCGUGGGCCCAGCUCCCCGUGGGCCCAGCUCCCCGUGGGCCCAGCUCCCCGUGGGCCCAGCUCCCUGUGGUGGCCAGGCGGGCCCAGCUCCCUGUGGUGGCCAGGCGGGCCCAGCUCCCCGUGGUGGCCAGGCGGGCCCAGCUCCCCGUGGUGGCCAGGUGGGCCCAGCUCCCUGUGGUGGCCAGGCGGGCCCAGCUCCCCGUGGUGGCCAGGCGGGCCCAGCUCCCCGUGGUGGCCAGGUGGGCCCAGCUCCCUGUGGUGGCCAGGCGGGCCCAGCUCCCCGUGGUGGCCAGGUGGGCCCAGCUCCCUGUGGUGGCCAGGUGGGCCCAGCUCCCCGUGGUGGCCAGGCGGGCCCAGCUCCCCGUGGUGGCGUGAUGCUGAAGGCCACGCACAAACUCACGCCCCACAGUGUAAAAUCACAAAUAACGACAAGUCAAAACACAAAACGUUAUCAAACCAAAAAGCCUCUUGAUGUUUUAAUACCUUUAACACGAACAGCGACGAGGGAAACAUGUCAAUAUAAACCAGCGAGCGAACAUGAAGAGAAGGAAGGAGGCCGAGUAGGUGAAGGCCACUCGCCCAGACACCUGAUAGCUCACAGGCAGGGCCCACGAGCUGAAGCUCAAAACCAACAAGUACAAAUAGGUCAGCAUGGGCUUAAACUGAGACAAUUUGACGCUGCUAAUGACUCCAAGAAUCAGAGCGGAAGUGACGCAGAGGUGAAAGCUGUUUUGAGUGCGCGCCUCGUAAAGCCGCCGCCGCCACACCUCACGGUGGCACUGAGCGAGUCUGGGAAGAGUGCCAAGGUAACUAGAACCAGCAAUUGGAGGUCGUGGUCAGAGAUCCAAGUUACUGUGGAUGCAAUUGAAGCCGAGAACCCUCGUGUGAAAUCAACCAUUCUCAAUAUCCUCAGCCGCACCCCCGGAACCCUCGCGACCAUGAAACUGACCUUCUCCGCCAUCGCCCAAGUGGACCUUACAGCUGCAUAA